GUACUGAAGAAAGAGAGAGCAGGAGAAUUUUAAUUCCCCUGGUUGUCUUAGUUAGCAACCACCACUCAUUACAAUACAUUAGUCCCUGCAAACGAAAUAGCCAACACACCAUCCUCCUCUCUAUCCCCCUGUCGUCCCAAGCAUUCGUUUUUAUAGCCUCACCACAGCUCAAAAACACAAUGCUAGCGUUGCUGUUCACGUCGUUGCCUAGCCACAAGGAGAAGGAAGAAGGAAAAGAAGGCAGAAGGCAGCAGCAGGAGCAGCAGGAGAAGGAGAAGGCGAGAAGAAACAAUGGAUUGCUGCGUGUGCAGUCCCAUGGCGUCCAUGUACAGGCUUCCAAGGAACGCCAUCUGCGCUGCGUGCUAUGAAGGUGCCAAGGCCAUCAUCGCCUUCUUCAACGACGACGACGACGAGCACGCCGAUGCUGAUCAAGGCUCGGUGAAGCCCAGCAGAUUGACAAAGCUCAAUAGCACAAUCAAGGGAUUGAGAGAUGCGUGGGAGGAGGUGAAGCAGAUGCGAUGCAGAGAGGAGGAGACCAAGCAGAGGGCAUCGUUUCUCCAGGAAGGCUUCGCGGCGGCGUGGAAGGACGGCAUCCACACCGACAUCGCCAUCAGGCCUGGAACUGGGCCUCCAAUCCAAGCCCACAAGGCCAUCCUUGCGACCAGGUCGGAGGUGUUCCGGCACAUCCUCGCCGGCGACGACGACUGCAAGGCCCCCGCCGGCGACUCUCUGUCGCUACCGGAGCUGACCCACGACGAGCUCUCCCACCUCCUCGCCUUCCUCUACACGGGCUCCCUGGCGACGUGCGCGGAGGAGCGGCACCUGCACGCGCUGCUGGUCGCCGGCGACAAGUACGACGUGCCGUUCCUCCGGCGAGCUUGCGAGGCGCGGCUGGCGGCGGGGGUGGAGGCGGGCAACGUGCUGCGGACGCUGGAGGUGGCGGAGCUGAGCUCGAGCGCGGCGCUGAAGGAGCGCGCCAUGGGGACGGUGGUGGAGCACGCGGAGGAGGUGGUGUUCUCGCCGGAGUACGAGGAGUUCGCCGUCAGGAACGCCGCCCUCUGCGUCCAGAUCACCCGCACACUUCUCGCCAAUAAAAGCUUACCCGCCAAGACGCCUUAAUAUUCUUUUUUUUUCCUUCGUUGAUUUAGAAUUUAGUUAGACGACGUGCGAUGUAUACGUGUAAAUGAUAGUACAUGCAUCUCUGGAAGAUUAAUGUGAUCAAUAUAUGCAAUUUAUAUUAGUUUCUUUGCACGAAUAUUUAAACGACAAA